AUGGCCUCCGCUAAGAAGACCAUCCUCAUUACCGGCAGCACUCGCGGCAUCGGUCUCGGUUUCCUAAAAGCACUUGCUCCAUUCAAGAUUAUCGCAAUGGAUACGAGCGACGAGGCAUCCAUCCUCGAAGCAGCGCGUCAGCUAGAGGGGCAGCCCAUCGAUCUGCCCAUCAACAACGCUGGUAUCGCUCUCCCCAGUGCGCUCAAGACUUGCACCAAAGACACGCUCAUGCGUCAGCUCGAGGUGAAUGCCGUCGGGCCAUUCCUCUUAUCGCGUGCGCUGCUACCCAAUCUGCAGCUGGCAGCGAAGACCAACGGUGGUGCCUUCGUUGUCCAGCUGUCUUCGGCCCUCGGCAGCAUUGGCAGCUUCACUAAAGACACCGAAAAUUUCUUCAAGCUGACAGCUUACGGCUACGCGUCCUCCAAGACUGCGCUAAACAUGAUCACUCGAUCGCUUGCGUUUGAAUUGCAGCCUAGUGGUAUCGUGGUGGUAUCGGUGCACCCUGGAUACGUGGACACGGAUAUGACCCGGGGCAAGGCAUCGCUGAAGCCCGAGGACAGCGUGGCGGCCAUAACCGGCCUAAUUGCUAAGCUGAACACUGAGAGCACGGGCAAGUUCUUCAACCUAGAUCCGCAGAUUCCGGUGGCGGAACUUUCGUGCGGUUUGGAGGAGUCGUAUGCUGCCGAGCGAAAAUCGGAGCAAAGCUCCAAAGCGGCUCCCAUCGGCCGGCUUUGA